AUGGAAUAUUAUCUUGUAAAAUGGAAAGGAUGGCCAGAUUCUACAAAUACUUGGGAACCUUUACAAAAUCUCAAGUGCCCAUUACUGCUUCAGCAAUUCUCUAAUGACAAGCAUAAUUAUUUAUCUCAGGUAAUCACAAGUGAAGAAGCUGAAAGACGGGGACAGUUAUAUGACAACAAAGGAAUCACAUAUCUCUUUGAUCUGGACUAUGAAUCUGACGAAUUCACAAUGGAUGCAGCUCGAUAUGGAAAUGUGUCUCAUUUUGUGAAUCAUAGUUGUGACCCAAAUCUUCAGGUGUUCAAUGUUUUCAUUGAUAACCUCGAUACUCGUCUUCCCCGAAUAGCAUUGUUUUCCACGAGAACCAUAAAUGCUGGAGAAGAGCUAACUUUUGAUUAUCAAACGAAAGGUUCUGGAGAUAUAUCUUCAGAUUCUAUUGACCACAGCCCAGCCAAAAAGAGGGUCAGAACUGUAUGUAAAUGUGGAGCUGUGACUUGCAGAGGUUACCUCAACUGA